CUGUUCAGGUGUUGAGGAUGAGGAAGAAGACUCGGCACCACAGGGUCCCCGUGCCCCAGCGGCCGCCCUCCCCCAUCCGGCCGUCCCCCAACAAACAGACUCUGACCUACGCCCAGGCCCAGCGCAUGGUGGACAUGGAGAUUGACGGCCGGGUGCACCGGAUCAGCAUCUACGACAAGCUGGAUGUGAUCUCGGAUGAUGACCCUACGGCCCAGGAGAUUAUGGAGUGCACCAGCAAUAAGGAGAACAUGGAGAAGCCUCAGCAGACGCUGAUGCGCUCCGUCCGGUUAAAAAACAGCCAGGAGAAGAGGAGUGCAGCUGCGGUCGCACAGAACCACACAACACAUGGAUCUACAGCAGCACAGGCAGCACCAGCACAGACACUUCCAGAGGCCAAGAUCCGGACUGUGGAGUAUAACCUUCCAGCUGUCCCCGGGAGGCCCCCAGUGUAUUUUAAGUAUGUGGAGAAGACGUCGGAGGAGCUGGAUGAGGAAGUGGAGUAUGAUAUGGAUGAGGAGGACUACGCUUGGCUGGAAGUAGUUAACGAUAAGAGGAGAAGUGAAGGUGUCAGUCAGGUAGGCCGUUUCUUUAUAAAUUACGCCUUUUCAGAAUUACAAAACUUCAUGGUGAGGCUGCUCCCCCGUAGCCUGGGUGCCAGUCAAUUCUUUUUGACAUGGGGUUUUGUACUGUGUAUUUAAAUACUGUAUUCUCGACGGCUUAUUCUAAUAUUUCUACUACUGUGCAUUGCAUUUUAGUUACACUCUUUAUACGCCACAUAUUUAUUUAUAAACUGGAUUCUUGACAUAGCUCGCUCUGAUACACUCCGUGUACAAAACAUUAGGAACACCUGUUCUUUCCAUGACUGACCAUGUGAAUCCAGGUGAAAGCUAUGAUCCCUAAUUGAUGUCUCCUGUUAAUUCCACUUCAAAUCAGUGCAGAUGAAGGGGAGGAGACAGGUUAAAGAAGGAUUUUUAAGCCUUGAGACAAUUGAGACAUGGGUUGUGUAUGUGUGCCAUUCAGAGGGUGAAUGGGCAAGACAAAAGAUUUAAGUGCCUUUGAACAGGGUAUUGAAGUAGGUGCCAGGCGCACCGGUUUGAGUGUGACAAGAACUGCAAUGCUGCUGGGUUUUUCACGAUCAACAGUUUCCCGUGUGUAUCAAGAAUGGUCCACCAUCGAAAGGACAUCCAGCCAAUUUGACACAACUGUGGGAAACAUCCCUGUGGAACGCUUUCGACACCUUGUAGAGUCCAUGCCCCAACGAAUUGAGGCUGUUCUGAGGACAAAAGGGGGUGCAACUCAAUAUUAGAAAGGGGUUCCUAAUGUUUUGUACAAACAGCGUAUAGCUACUGCUAAGUAUACAUUUACUAAGAAUGAUAUCUUGUGUAAAUUUCAUCUGGUGUAUAUACGCAUAGAGUGCAUUUGGAUUACUGUUACAGUGGUAUUUGGGUUGUUAAUUGGAUUAAUUCUGGCAUUUCUUGAUUUCUUGUUUUUUAUUUUAUUUAUUUAUACAUUUUUGAUUAUUUGUGAACUUUUACAUUAUACUGCAUUGUUAGAAGCUAGUUACAUAAGCUUUUUGCUGCACCCGCUAUAACAUCUGAUAAACUGUGUACGCGACUAAUAAACAUGGAUUUGAUUUCAGUCUGUUUCGACUCUUUUGCCAACUAGACAAGAGAGCAGAAACAGACUGACACUCAGGCUAGCUCCCCCCUCCCCCAAAGAAACAAACAAAUGGGGAUCACAGGUUAAGAAAACAAUACAACACAACAAUGGUCAACAAUGUAUAAUACUACAAUAAAUGUGCAAAUGUUUACUGUUCUCCCUCCCUCCACCAGGUGUCCCACAACGUGUUUGAGUUCCUGGUGGACCGCUUUGAGAAGGAGACCCAGAUGGAGAAGGAGAGCCAGGGCCAGGACAAGCUCACCAUAGACGAGGACGCUGUCUGCUGCAUUUGCAUGGAUGGAGACGGCCAGGACAGCAACGUCAUCCUCUUCUGUGACAUGUGCAACCUGGCCGUGCACCAAGAGUGUUACGGUGUCCCUUACAUCCCAGAGGGACAGUGGCUGUGCCGGCACUGCCUCCAGUCACCCACCCAGCCCGCAGGCUGCAUACUGUGUCCUAACAAAGGCGGAGCAGUGAAAAAGACUGACGAUGACCGCUGGGGUCAUGUGGUGUGCGCUCUGUGGGUGCCGGAGGUAGGUUUUUCCAACACGGUCUUCAUCGAGCCCAUCGACGGAGUCAGCAACAUUCCGUCCGCCCGCUGGAAGCUCACCUGCUACCUCUGUAAGGAGAAGGGGGUGGGGGCCUGUAUCCAGUGUCACAAGGCUAACUGCUACACCGCCUUCCACGUCAGCUGUGCUCAGAAAGCCGGACUCUUUAUGAAGAUGGAACCCAUCAAGGAGGUAACAGAGACGGGCGAACCAACGUUUUCGGUGAAGAAGACUGCUUACUGCGGGGCUCACACCCCCAACAGCUCGGUCAAGAGACCCCUCACCAUCUACGAGGACGCCAAACCCCAAAAUGGAUUGUGUUCCCCUCUGAAAGGGGAGAACACGAGGGGCGCCAAUGCACUUGCGAAAGGGAGGAAGAGGAAGAGCAAGAAGGUGGAGCCAGAGGAAGAAUUCUCACCCGUGUCUGUGCCUAGCUUUCCUCCCCAAAGGUAGAUUCACUCACCUAUUCAUCUAAGCAUAAUUUUCAUAAUUUGCAGAUGACCAGACGUAUCAGUAAAUGUACAAUACACCAUACAGUGCUGUGAAAAAGUAUUAGUCCCCUUUCUGAUUUUCUCUAUUUUCAUAUUAUGGACACUGAAUGCUAUUAGAUUUUCAACCAAAACCUAAUAUUAUAUUUAACAAAUAACACAAAAUGUUGAUAAUUAUUAAAUUGAUUUAAAUAACAAAAUUAUGCAACACCCAAUGGCCCUGUGUGAAAAAAUAAUUGCCCUCUUACACUCAAUAACUGUUUGUGCCACCUUUAGCUGCAAUGACUGCAAUCAAACACUUCCUGUAGCUGUUGAUAUUAAUAUUAGAUUUUGGUUGAAGAUCUGAUAAAAUUCAGUGUAAAAAAUAUGCAAAAACAGAGAAUCAGAAAGGGGGGCAAACUCGCUAUUGGCAGGGCUCCCCGCUUGUACCAUCAAACCCCUGCAAUUUAUCCAGAACGCAGCAGCCCGCCUGGUUUUCAACCUUCCUAAGUUCUCUCAUGUCACCCCGCUCCUCCGCACACUCCACUGGCUUCUAGUUGAAGCUCACUGCAAGACAUUGGUGCUUACCUACGGAACAGCAAGAGGAACUGCCCCUCCCUACCUUCAGGCUAUGCUCCAACCCUAGACCCUAACCCGAGCACUCUGUCCUGCCAACUCAGGUCUCUUGGCCCUCCCCCCCCCAAUGGGAGGGCAGCUCCCGCUCAGCCCAGUCCAAGCUCUUCUCUGUCCUGGCACACCAAUGGUGGAACCAGCUUCCCCCUGAAGCUAGGACAGCAGAGUCCGUGCCCAUCUUCUGAAAACAUCUGAAACCCUACCUCUUCAAACAGUAUCUUAUAUAAUCCCCCCCCCCCAAAAAAAAAAAAAAAAAAUGGUAAGGGCUCCACAAAUGGUAAGCAUUUCACUCGUAUUCGUGAAUAAAAAUAGAGUUAGAAGUAAAGUAUGAACACAUUUAUAGAAAAAUAAAUGCUGCAGUAGCUGUUUUAAAAGUGUUUCUGUUGUUGUUUCAUAGCUGGUAGCUAAUCACACAAAGAACUGCUAGCGAAGACACAUUGGCUACUAGUCAGAUUCUCUAUCUCACAGGCACACUGGACUCAAGCGGUGUCCUCAUUGCCAUGGUAACCUCCCACCCUUAAAGGGACAGCUGAACAUUGUCUCAUCUGUGAUAUUUUGGUUAAAAGUCUCCGGUCACAAAUAAUGAAAUAACAUUGAGCAAUAUACCACAUCACUUCUUACUAGUAAUACAUUUAUUGUUUUAGAAACAUUACAAAGCAUGCUCAUCCGUCUUUUGGUGUAAUUAUGCAAAAUAAAUCUGGUAAGAAAAACCCUUGAGUGGCUGGUGGACCAAAAAAUUUGUUUCAGGCCCUGUUCACGGCACUGUAUAGAAAAAGAGAAGGUCAGGACUUAAAGUGAAAAAACAUGUGUUAUUCAAUUUGACAUGGACAUUUUCCUUACUUCAAUAAGCAACAUUUAAAAAUCGUUACUAUCUUCUCCAUCUGUUCCCAGGUUAAACACCAUCCUCAACCGGGUGUCUAUGCAGAAGAAGAAAGCGUUUGUGGAGCUGGCUCUAAACUACUGGACUCUAAAGAGACAGGCGAGGAACGGACUACCCCUCAUCAGACGACUACAGUCCAGCCAACAGUCCCACCAGAAGACCCAUGCAGCACAGUCGGUCAGUCAGACGGUCAUGCACUCUUGUCCCCCUGUUUCUGACACAAUUCUCGACCCCUGGCUUGUACACUCCAUUCUCUCUCACACUCCUAUCAUUAUAACAUACCACUCUCCUUAUUACCGUAGCAAUGUCAACAGGCCAAAACUGCCCAGAGGCAUGCCAUUGUUUGUAUAAAUGAGAGCUCCACUGCUCUCCUUGUUGGAUUACAAGCCAUUGUUUUCUAACCCUAAUGUUGGUGAUAUUGUUUUUUAACUGUAUAUGUCUGCGACGUUUUCUAAAUCCUGAUGUGUGUUAUUCCCACCACAGAAGGAGAGUGAGGAGGAGAGCCGGGCUCUGAAGGAGCAGCUCAAGGAGUGGCAUCGUCUAAGACAUGACCUGGAGAGAGCCAGGCUAUUGCUGGAGCUCAUACGCAAGAGGGAGAAACUCAAGAGAGAAGAGGUAGGUUAGAUAACUGUAGCUGUCCCUGUAAGCCAACAAUACAUUCAUAUACAGUACCAGUCAAAAGUUUGGACACCUACUCAUUCAAGGGUUUGUCUUUCUACAUUGUAGAAUAAUAGUGAAGACAUCAAAACUAUGAAAUAACACAUAUGGAAUCAUGUAGUAACCAAAACAGUGUUAAACCAAUCAAAAUAUAUUUUAGAUUCUUCAAAGUAGCCACCCUUUGCCUUGAUGACAACUUUGCACACUCUUGGAAUUCUCUCAACCAGCUUCAUGAGGAAUGCUUUUCCAACAGUCUUGAAGGAGUUCCCACAUAUGCUGAGCACUUGUGGCUGCUUUUCCUUCACUCUGCGGUCCAACUCAUCCCAAACCAUCUCAAUUGGGUUGAGGUCGGGUGAAUGUGGAGGCCAGGUCAUCUGCUGCAUCACUCUCCUUCGUCAAAUAGCCCUUACACAGCCUAGAGGAGUGUUUUGGGUCAUUGUCCUGUUGAAAAACAAAUUAUAGGCCCACUAUGCGCAAACCUGAUGGGAUGGCGUAUCGCUGCAGAAUGCUGUGGUAGCCAUGCUGGUUAAGUGUGCCUUGAAUUCUAAAUAAAUCACUGACAGUGUCACCAGCAAAGCACGCCCACACCAUCACACCUCCUCCUCCAUGCUUCAUGGUGGGAACCACACAUGCGGAGAUCAUCCGUUCACCUACUCUGCGUCUCACAAAGACACGGCGGUUGGAACCAAAAAUCAAAAAUGUGGCUCAUUGGACCAAAGGAGAUUUCCACCAAUCUAAUGUCCAUUGCUCGUGUUUCUUGGCCCAAGCAAGUCUCUUCUUCUUAUUGGUGUCCUUUGGUAGUGGUUUCUUUGCAGAAAUUCGACCAUGAAGGCCAGAUUCACGCAGUCUCCUCUGAACAGUUGAUGUUGAGAUGUGUCUGUUACUUGAACUCUGUGAAGCAUUUAUUUGGGCUGCAAUCUGAGGUGCAGUUAACUCUAAUGAACAUAUCCUCUGCAGCAGAGGUAACUCUGGGUCUUCCUUUCCUGUGGCGGUCCUCAUGAGAGCCAGUUUCAUCAUAGCGAUUGAUGGUUUUUGCGACUGCACUUGAAGAAACUUUAAAAGUUAUUGAAAUGUUCCGUAUUGACUGACCUUCAUGUCUUAAAGUAAUGAUGGACUGUCGUUUCUCUUUGCUUAUUUGAGCUGUUCUUGCCAUAAUAUGGACUUGGUAUUUUACCAAAUAGGGCAAUCUUCUGUACACCACCCCUACCUUGUCACAACUGACUGGCUCAAAGAAAUUCCACAAAUUAACUUUUAAGAAGGCACACCUGUUAAUUGAAAUGCAUUCCAGGUGACUACCUCAUGAAGCUGGUGGAGAGAAUGCCAAGAGUGUGCAAAGCUGUCAUCAAGGCAAAGGGUGGCUACUUUGAAGAAUCUCAAAUAUAAAAUUUGUUUGGUUACUACAUGAUUCCAUAUGUGUUAUUUCAUAGUUCCGAUGUCUUCACUAUUAUCCUACAAUAUAGAAAAUAGUAAAAAUAAAGAAAAACCCUUAAAUGAGUAGGACUGUCCAAACUUUUGACUGGUACUGUAGCUCACAAGCCAACUAUAAGACAAUUAGUAGCAUAGUAUAAAUUGGAGCUGCAGCCCCCCCCUCUCUGUCUCUGUCUCUCUCCCUCCAUGGUUCAGCAGCCAUAUACAGUACAUGAUGAUGCUAAUGGUCCCCUGUGUGUCCUCAGAUGAAGCUGCAGCAGAGCCUGUUGGAGGUCCAGUUGACUCCCUUUAGUAUCCUGCUCAGGUCUGUGCUGGAACAGCUACAGGAGAGAGACCAGGCAAAGAUCUUUGCCCAGCCUGUCGACAUCAAAGAGGUAAUGCUUACUUACCUUACCAUGGCUAGGAGAGCAGCUCUAACAAUAACAUGUACAUACGGCCUGAGAUGAUGGAGAGUUGAUAUAUCCUUGCUGACGUGACUUGUGUGGUGCACAGCGAGGGAGAGGCGCUGGUCUGGACAAGAGUCCGUUUGAAAAUGUAAUAUUCGGCCAGAAAUGGAUCAAGCUUUUAUUGGUUCUCAUGUUUAUUUCCUCCCUGGAGAGUUUAAACCUCUUGUUGUUUUGAAUUUAAAAAUCCAACAGUUACAAUGGAAGAGGGCGGCGCUCGGGGGGGGCUGUGUGUGGCAGUACAUGUGGGUGUUUGAGGAAGAAAGACAGAGGUGAACCAAGCAGUAAAAAGCACAGUCGCCUUCAUUAUCAACUUCAUUAACCUGAACAUCAAACAGCCUCUCCAGACUCUGAAGUCAGAAGUCUAGUGUCAGCAAGACUAGAGUUGAGAUGCUGCUUAUACCCUUUCACGUUAUUCUUUUUUUAACUUUCAUGAUUUAAUUUUGUUUUCUAUACUAGAUUUAUAUCUAAAUUCUUCAUUCUCCUCCUAGCAUAGCAUCUGGCCUAUCUCAUUUGGGCUGAUUUUAAAAUCUUCAAAAUUAAUUUCCAGAAAUAUCAGACUGGGGAUUUUACAUCUACAUCUCAAUGCCCUGUAGGCGCCGACUAUCAGAUGUUUUUAUCUCUGUCUAUCAUUAAACCUGUAGGUGCCUGACUACCUUGACCACAUCAAGAACCCCAUGGACUUCUCCACUAUGAGGAAACGCAUUAACGACCAGGCCUACAGCAACCUGGACGACUUUGAGUCCGACUUCAACCUCAUCAUCUUCAACUGUAUGAAGUACAACAGUAAGGAUACCUUCUUCCACCGGGCGGCCGCCCGUCUCCGAGACCAGGGUGGGGCUUUGAUCAGGAAGACGCGGAGGGAUGUGGAGCGAAUUGGCUUCGAGAAGGACAGCGGGAUGCACCUGCCCGAACCGCCCAAGAUUGAAGCACCUCCGCCGUUUUCCUGGGAGGAUGGUAAAGAGAGACGGAGAGGGCCGUAGAAGUGUUUGUAGAAAUAUAAUGGAUAAAUGAGUCAAUAUAGAAUACUGGAACGGACAGCAGUGUUUGCACAGAUCCAAAUUAAUAAAACAUAUUCCUGGUCUAAGAAGCACUUUCAAUUGACUCGCUCCUUUGAGCAUUUUUGUCUAGGAGUUUGCUUAAUCUGGAUCCUCAAUAUAAUUAUACUUACCUAGGCUACUUAUUGUUUAGUUAACAUCAAGCAAAUGUCUCCCAAUGACAGUGUUAUCUUGUUGUCCUUUCCCAGUGGACCGGGUAUUGGUCCCAUCCAACCGGCAACACAUGCCUCUGGAGGAGCAGCUGAAAGAGCUGCUGGAGAAACUGGACCUGACGUUCUCCAUGAAGUCCAGCCCGUCACGUUCCAAACGCCUCAAACUGCUCAAGAAGAGCAUCAACGACGUCCGCUGCGAGAUGAGCCUGAGCCUGAGGAGGGCCUCCCACCACUCCCAUUCUCACUCCUCUUCCUCCCACUGGUCCUCCCAUCCAGAAAGGAGUAAAGUUGGGGAGGCAGAGGGGGUGAAGACCGAUGGACAGAGCCCUGAUAACGAGGGUAGGUUUUUUCAAGUUGUUACUUUAUCUGCAUUGGAGAACCCAAUAUUAUUAUUAUUAUUAUUAUUAUAAUAAUAAUAAUAAUAAUAAUAAUAAUAAUAAUAAUAAUAAUAAUAAUAAUACAUUUAAUUUGUAUAGCGCUUUUCAUUACGUAGUUAUAUCAAAGCUCUAUGGAGGAAAAAAAAUUAGAUUAUAUACAAUAAAAAUGUACAACAUAUAUUUAGAAUCAAGGCAGGUAAAAUAGCAAUAGUGGGCUAGGUGCUAAAUACAUUUUAGAUUGGCACUAGGACUGUUAAAAAGAAAGUCUGUAGAAGUGGGUCAGUAUCAUGAGAAUUUCUAUCUCUAAUUCAACCUAAGCUUGAAUCAUUACCAGGGGUUGUAAGGCUCUGGUUUUAAUCAUAAAUGAUUCAAGGUCCACAACCAGCAAGAAUGAUCUGUAUUUUUAAUCAUGGAGAGCUCUGGCGCCAAAAAAUACAUACACAGCCUUUAUACCCCCUGACACACAAAGGCACUUUGCUCCGCCCACCUUUAAACAGCUCCUCAGUCCCCUUCACCCUGGAAUGCUUUCUCAGCAGUUUCUAACUCCUCCCCCUCUGUUAGUGGGUUGACCCUACAUUAUAACUCUAACACCGUUCACACAUUUAUACUGUAUUUGGGGUGAAAUCCUUUAGUCAUUAUUCUUAAAAUACAAAUUAAUCUAUCAAUCCACCCCUUUGACUAAAUGUUUUCACAUUCAGGAUAAAUGUAUUUUACAAGCAUGAUUAAUCUCAGAGAUUACGUCAGAACUAAUAAACAUUUCAUCCAAUGGCGGUCUUUCAGGGUCAAAAUCCUCGUCAUCCUCCAAGCCUGGAGGAUCGUUUUUCACAUUCCCCUGGUCAGAGUCCGGAGUCGGUCCAUCUCUCAUCAUUGUUGAGAUACUGCAUUUCACCAACGCCUUACUCACCAAUCCUCGGACACAGGGAACAAGACAACAACCACAUAAUACAAGAAUACCCAUACAAACACUGACUGCCCCUAAGAUGGUGGCUGCUAUGGUUUUCCAUUUACCAAACAUUUCAUCAAACCACCCUAUCCACGAUGUACUAACUUCUGAGUUCUCAGUUCGUUCUUCACUUAGUGCAGUUAAUUCUGCAAGAGCUCGGGUGACUGUCCCAUCCAGUGUGGUGUUGUUAGGGAUAAAUGUGCAACAAUGGCUUAUCAUUCUAUAGACAUUGGCCCUUUCUGCCUGAUCUAGAGCCAACCUCUUUUACUAAGUCAUGAGUGGGAUGGCGGAUAAUUACUCGGAGAUCCCCUUUACUGCAUCUCUAGUCAGGUCUAAUACACAGGUAAACAUUUCCUUUGGCACUGGGGCGGUCAACAUUGUCGGUCGCCCAAUGGAGCAUGCAUAAUAAUUGGUCUCCCCAAGGCCCUACCAGUGUACUUCAUCCACUUUAACCAGAGAUUUUCAUCCGGGACUCCCUCUACUUCCCCUUGGUUCCAUUCUUGGAGGAGAAAAUAUUUUAUCGUGGACGGGUUAGUUGAAUUGACUCCGUCAUCCUUUGACUGAUUUACUCGGUCAAUCGCUAUUAAUGGAUUAAUGACAGGACCUGGGCCCUCCAUCUCUUUCGACUCCACCAAAUGUAAUCGUAGACAGGUAUCGCGUCUGUAUUUGUCCGUGCAAGCCCAGUAAGUUCUUUUCAUGUCCUCUUUAGUGACCUUUACUAUUGUUACUACCAUCUCCGUGGGGAUGUCGUUAUACCUUCUUAUCCUCCAUCGGGACGUCCAGCCCCCCCCUGUCUCAUAUCUCCAUCCCCCAGUAUGUCUAAACAUCUGAGCCCAGGAACAAUCCGCAGAGGGAGCUGAACAUAAAUACAAUGGGAUUCUAUAAUCCCACGUUGCUACGUCUCUAACCCUUAUUCUGAAUCCGACAGUCUGCCCUUCUCUGACUCCCAUUUUGUAGGCCACUCGUCCUUGACGGUCAGGAUGUCGGGUCACUUCUCUUCUCUUUUACUUCUUAACAAUGGUAAGGGCAUAGCGUAAUUGGUGGUGGAUCUUGACAUAUCAAGACCAUUGCCGAGACUAUGAUGCAGCUCAAGUUAGCCCUAUUCCCAAAAACCGCCAACCCUCUCCUGUCCUCAGUCUUUCUGCUUGGUAUCACCCCAUACUCACACCCUGAGAACACACUACAGUGAUGAUAGGUUGGGGUAGGAGAUCUUCAUUAACAGAGGUGAUUCCCCAGACCCUAUUGGUCCAGUUCUUCUCUCUAACUCUGCGUGUGUUCAGUGGUGCUUGUAUGUGUUCUUACCUUUUUGCAGUGGGUAACGUGGACCCAGGUUGCUCUUUUUGCUAUUCUAAUGGCAAAGGCAGUGACCAAUAUCACCUGAUAGGGCCCUUCCCAACAGGCCUGCUUCCAGUCUUUCUUCUUUAGGGACUGGAUGCUCACCAGUCACCUGGUUAGAUAGAGUGGGACACCUUCUCCUUUAGUUCACCUGUGGGGCACAAAACCUCUGACAUACCGCUCACAUCAGUAUUCUCUUUCUAGACUGUAUCUAAAAAAAAAAUUAAAAAGUAUUUUGUCCUCUCCUUCGUAUAUUAUUUAAUCCUACCAUUAGCCUCUUCCCCCCUCUUGACACACAGUUCUGCUCAUGUGUCAAUAUUACCACCUACCUAAACAAUCACUUAGGUAAUAUUGGUAAUUUAUCAUCCAAUUGCCAUCCCUUAUUUAUUUUUGAGACUGUCCCUUGCUUCUUUAUUGCUCCUCCCACUUCCUUUGUCUUUUAUGGUGGCUAAAUUCGACUUUCAUCCAGUUCAGAAUCAAUAGUAAUCCAAUCAAUCAAUCUCUUAUCUUGUAAAAACACUCAUGUUUAGUUCAAACUCUUUUCUACCCCGGCUCUCCCGGGCUUGACCUGAAGACUGAUGGUUGGACAUGACAGGUCCAUACUUAAAUAUUUAAAACCUAACACAAACCCCCCUUCAUGCUGUAAUCAAUCAAGAAGAUAGCAAAGGAGAGACCGGUAUUAGCCUGAACUCUGCUCAACCCUGGUGCCGCUCCCUUCACAAUGUUUGAAGGGAGACAAAAGACAGCCAUGGAUUGAAGGAAGAGCAAGCACUUCGACCCUAGGUCACCUAAGUCUUCUGCCUAGCAACAAAGAAUAAAAACUCUAUGUUCGUGAUUAACCCAGUUAUAUCUAAUAGCCCACCAAAAAAACUCCCUUAUCACCAUCUUUAAAUCACGACCAAUGUCAUAUAUCCCUCUUUACUCUCUACCAUUUGGGUAAAAUCCCUGUUAUAUGUAGGAAAAGCUAAGACUGUUUGGGAAGUGAGCAACUUUUUCCUCUUCAUAAAUUGUUCUUCCUCCUCAGAGUUCCAAAUGAUUUUACCAUGGGCUGCCAUUGCCUUCCCAUAGAUAAGAUCACUUAAUUUACCAGUAUGCAGUACAUAAGGAGUACCCAAGCUUUACGGCAGUCUAUCAUUCCCAAAAAGCUCAUCAUUCUUCAUCUAUUUCUGGACAGCUAGUCCCUAUCUUAAAUUAUCCUAUCCAGCUUCCUAUUACUACUAUCUUCCUGAUCUUAUUACUAAAUCAAUGAACUAGGCAAUAGCUGUUUCGCAUUACAUUGUGCCUUCCUCUGAUUACUGCAGCUCAUUGCAUUAAUUUAGUUUCAAAUACCAACUUGUUGUUUAUUAAAGCAUAAUAAAAAUGAAAUGUAAAUGACAACAUUUGAUAAUAUCUCAACUUAUUUCUAUCCCGUAAAAGUAAUCCAAGAUUAGUACAAUUGACUAGCAACAGGUAUCUUUCAUUCAGGGAAAGCUCUCUCCGUCUUCUGUUAUUUUAAUGUUUCAAAUCCUAUUAUUACCAAAUUAUAAUCUUCUUCACACUUUUCACAGCACUAUAAAUUACCCUCAAUUUGAUAAAAUAAACCAUCCCAAAGUCCUCCUCUCAUGCCCCCAGAACCACCAGUGUGGAUGACCAAUCAACACCAGAAAGUCAAAACAGAGCCCAGAGGCCAUUGAAAUCACCCAACAAACCGUUCUAUCCCACAGCAUAGUAAACACCACCUAUGAACUGUUGAAAAUCCCCUAAUCCCCCUUUAUAACCAACAUACUAGGUGUGUUGUUUUUUUAUUUGAAAAACCCAAUUUGAAAAACAACAACCACAAAUAGCCAGGCCCCACUUAAUUUGGUAGCUCACUUUUAUGACCUAAAUACUGCCUAACUUCAUUACUGCUCCCCCUAGCCCUGGGCAACAUUCCAAUGAGAUAAGCUAAUCUCUUUCUCCUGGUUAUACAUUUUGUUAACCUUCAAUUACCAUCAGUAAUCUAAAAAUGGUAGUACACACAAAACAUGAUACAGAUAUCCCCAGUCCUAACCCAUCAAUAAUUGUUUGUAUCAAUCUAAUUCCUCAUAACUAAUCCAUAAAACCACUCAAAAUUCCUCGAGUAUACAAUGAUUAUUUAAUUGAUUACCCUAAAUCUGCUACAUGUGAUCUCAUCUCAAAUGAUCCAUUAUCAAUUAUUUGAUCAACCCCCUAGGAAAAUCUGUUUCCCCUUCUAUUGUUCCUUUCGCCCCUGUAAAUGUCAGAUUUCAUUCAUUAGCCAAUACAAUCACAUACUCCGUAUAAAUAAGACAUUAUAUUUUAUCCCAGGCAUUCCCUUAACAUAAUGCUAUAGGAGACUUCCAUCAAUCCUGGAAGCCGCUAUAUAAUACCACAUUUCAUUAAGUUCACUACACCUUCUAAUAUAAACCUAUAACCCCUUUCUAUUAAUUUAAUCCUCUCAACCUGUUGCAUUGAUGUUUUUAAAAUAUUAAACCUAUUGUUUAAUAACUUCAUACUUAUAACCAAUGUUUAUCCAAUCCAUCAUCCUAAUAGUAAAAACGAUAUCCCAUUGUUGUCACGUUGCUGUGUAUAGGUGUGGUGUAGAAUCAGGCGCAGGCAGCAGAGGAUAAGUCCAACAAGACUUUACUUGAGCACACAAAAAUAAAUCCAAACCGCCCGGAGGCAAAAGGACGCACACAGGCGUAAUAGCGAGCGCACACACAGGUGCGUAAUACUCUCCUAACACACAAGGAGGAAGCUAUGAAAAUAGCGUACCGACACGGGUAGCGCAAACAUGACACGAACAAUUACACACAACACUAAACUAACAACAAGGAAACUAAAUAGGGUGCUAAAUGAGACAUAACACAAAACAGGUGUGACUAACAGACAAAACCAAACAAACAAGAAACAUAGAGCGGUGGCAGCUAGAACUCCGGAGACGACGACCGGCGAAACCUGCCCGAACAAGGAGGAGGAGCCGCCUCGGCCGAAACCGUGACAAUUGUUCACGUAACGAAACCCAAUUAUCGUUUUAGAAUUCACCAAUUAUUUUCAUACACCACUGGUGUUACCCAACCUAUACAAUAAAGUAAUAACCAUUAGACUUCGUCAAAGAAAUGCUUUUCAUUCAACUAUUAAAACUUCUGCUCGAUCUAGUCAAGCAAGUACAACCCUUUUACCCGGGAACUAGAAUCAUAAAUUAUUUUCCUUUGUCCUCAACUUAAAUAAUUUUCACAGCUAUAUCGCCAUUUCAGUUCGCUAUUCAAUUUCUUUAACUGUUCUCUCUGAUUAGGCCCUAAUUAUUAAAACAAAUACUUGCUAUCGUUGAUAAGCAUACAUUUAAUUAUAUUCCUAUCAUUUAAACUAUGUACUGUCUCUCACCCCUACUUCCCCCCCUUCUCCUUCCUACACAACAGGGGAGGCGCGGGGGCCUGUAACAUAUUUACAUAGACUUUUCUAGAAUACUUCUAAAGCUAUCUAAUUCAACUUCUCACAUUUCUCAAUCCACGUAGUAAUCUAGGUCCAUAGCCCCAAUGCGAAAGCUUUACCCACUGUCCCUACCUGGGUUCGAACCAGGGACCCUCCACAUACAUUGCCAGUCACUCCACACAAUCUGCGAUUCUCUUAAAGCAACUACUUCCAGUUCAUAGAGCAAGUGACGUCACCAAUUGAAAACCGCACUAGCUCUCACCUCAUUCAGCAACACACCUAACCAAAUACUCAGUAGUAUCCGGUUACCACCCAUACCAGCCGUUGAAUUCACUCAUACACACAGAUUUCACCUCAUGCCAUUGAAAUGCCCAACAAAACAUAAUAGUUCAAUGGAACCCUCUAUUUGCUCUCUACUAUUUAUACAUUACUUCUAUAACCACAUUAGUUAUGGUCCGAUUACCCAUUAAACCUUAUCACAUGAUCAAACAACGGCACAACCUUAAACUCAUAUGGGGCGGCAGGCAGCUUAGUGACUAAGAGCGCCACGCCAGUAACCGAGAGGUCGCCGGUUCCAAUCCCCGAGCCGACCAGGCGAAAAAUCUGUCGAUGUGCCCCUGAGCAAGGCACUCAACCCCAAUCGCUCCCAUAAGUCGCUCUGGACCAGAGCGUCCGCCAAAUGACUGUAAAUGUAAAUAUUCUCUACUUUCUCACCCAUGACGUACGUCUACGUUUGGGUGAGAAAGUUCAUACGUAUAUAUCGUUAGAAAUGUAUAGGUACCUCUCAAAUAAUCGCUUCGUGGUGUUUUUAGCCAAUUCUUAAUCGACACAAAUCAUUUCUUCAAACAUUUUAUCUGUGGAACCAAAAAAUACACUGCCCUUUCCUUUAUCCCUGCAGUCGCGAUGGUUAUGACCUGUUCUGUUACAGUAUUUACACGGGGCCUUACACUCCCUGGCCAAAUGUCCCUCUUUGUUACAGUUAAAGCACUUCCUCUUAUCUCCUCCCCUAUUCUGCCUCCCUAAUUUAUUACAGCUCUCUAAUCUCUUCAACUCUCUGUUUUUAAAUUCUGUAGCUUUUUUCAACUCUUUCUCUCUAUCCAGUUCUUCUCUUAGCCUGCCUAUCGAUGUGCCCUUGAGCAAGGCACCCAACCCUAAUUGCUCCUGUAAGUUCUUUCUGUAAAACUUCCCGCUCUUUCUUACCUUUAUUAGCCUUCCCCUCUUUCAACAUUCCGGCUUGGCCGUCAUAUGGUGGGGGAGGGGCGGGGACCAGUCCUAAUUUUCUCCUACACAUGACAACGUUAUCAUCUGGGCUUUCUUUCCAAGCCUGCUCUACUAAAACUGGAUAUAACCUUUCUGCCCUCUGCUCUGGGGGAGGCACUGAAACCUCAAUUUUUACUUCAUUUUCUCUCUGCAUAACUAUUUUUUUUAUUUUCUGUCCUUCCUCUCUUCUUCGAGCUUCCAAAAGCCAUACUCUCGCUGUCUCUAGCCCCUCCCCUCGCUGUUUCUUAAAAUCCGUUCCACAGUUUACAUGCAUCUGCCUAAUCAUAACCUCUAACUUCUCCACAUCGAGAUGCCCAAUAAAUCCAUACCUCUUCUCCCAAAUGGAUCCAUAAAACAUAUUUCUUCGAUCCCUCCCUAACAUAUAUCUUUCAUCCCCCGUUAAUUCUCGGACCUCUUUAGAAUAUUUAUUCCCCAUGGUAGCAAAAUAAGAAAUCCCCCCCCCUUUAGUAAUAAUUCAAUCAAUAAUUAUUUCCUUUGGGACUUAUUAAUAGUGGGACUUUUGAAAAAUGUUAUGAUCUGCUUUUGUAAUCAACCAUUUUAAAUUAUUCAAUCCGUAACCCAGAGUUUUUUAAGACCCCAGUUUUAAACGGAUGGGACAACCAUUUUUUUCUCACGCGACUUAUUUUAGUCCCUUCCUUGAAACAAUUAUGACGUAUUUCGAUGGAUCAUUAGGUCUCACAUUUAUACAACCUUAUACGAUUUUUUGCUAACACUAUCCGUAACCUAGAGGUCGUAACUGCUCCAGUUUUAUGAAAUAGACAGAGUUAGAGCAAAUCCCCAGCUGUUUAUGACUCUCGACUUGUUUAAUGUAUCUAUCUCACACGACGAUAAUUAUCCCCCUUCCUGUUUAUAUUGUAAAGACUGUAUCUCGUACAAUCUCAAUAUUAACUAGUUUAUUUUGGUAAUAGCUAUUCACCUAGGGUCAAUUUCGGACCCCCCUUCCUUCCUUUAUAAUUCUCUUAUGAGAUUUUGGUAACUAUUCUCUGCCCUUCACAAUAAUUAUUAUUCUCAUACAAGUUCAAAUAAUCUCACCUAAAUCCAUGAAUAAAAAUUACUGACCUUCUCCUUGCAGCAGUUGGGAUUUAAAUGCUUUUCAGAUCUCGUUAACGUCUUUAUCGUUCAUAAGAUUCAUCACCAGCCUGUUUAUAACCUUAACGUCGAAGGCCAGGUCUAUUCUAUACGGAUGCUAUCAUCCGCCCGUGCACGGUUUCGGUGUCCUUAGAACGACAAAGACGUAUUUUGAGCUCCGCUCGAAGGACCACUUGUCAUGAGAAUUUCUAUCUCUAAUUCAACCUAAGCUUGAAUCAUUACCAGGGGUUGUAAGGCUCUGGUUUUAAUCAUAAAUGAUUCAAGGUCCACAACUAGCAAGAAUGAUCUGUAUUUUUAAUCAUGGAGAGCUCUGGCGCCAAAAAAUUCAUACACAGCCUUUAUACCCCCUGACACACAAAGGCACUUUGCUCCGCCCACCUUUAAACAGCUCCUCAGUCCCCUUCACCCUGGAAUGCUUUCUCAGCAGUUUCUAACUCCUCCCCCUCUGUUAGUGGGUUGACACUACAUUAUAACUCUAACACCGUUCACACAUUUAUACUGUAUUUGGGGUGAAAUCCUUUAGUCAUUAUUCUUAAAAUACAAAUUAAUCUAUCAGUCAGGGAGAGCAUUCCAUAGAGGCAAGGGAGCAGAAGGCUCGGUCCCCCAUAGUUCGGAGACGUUUCUUGGGGACUUUUAAGUUGUAGGGAGUGGCUUGAGCGGAGAGUCCGAGGUGGCUUGCUGAUGGAGAUGAGGUCGUUGAUGUAGGUGGGACUCAAUCCAUUCAAGGCUUUAAAUACAAGCAUGACGAUUUUGAAGUUGAUCCUGUAGUUAACCGGCAGCCAGUGGAGUUGGGCCAGAAUCGGGGUGAUUUGGUCUGACUUCUUGGUCCUGGUCAGGACCCUGGCAGCACUGCUCUGGAUUACUUGGAGCCUCUGUAGUGAUAUCUAUGGCUUCCGGCAGGGUGGCUCUCUCUUCAGCAUGACCAAGUCAGACAGUAGCUAGGUUUCCAUCCAAUUUGUGACAGAUUUUCAAUGCGAAUAUUCAAAAAUCUGCAGAAAGAAAAUAUUCAAAUUUUCCACCAGUGUGUUUCCAUCAAACUGACUUGUUGUGGGGGGAAAUAAAUGUGUGUGCUGAUGUAGUGCACAUAACAGGCACUUUUCAUGUACCGAAUAGAAAUCGAAAGUUCAAUGUGUUUCUAUCGCAUUUUAAAAUCGACUGAUGGUUUUGGUGCAUGCUCUCUAAACAACAGUUCACUGAUAGUGUACAGGUUAGGUUAUAUAAUGAGCUAUGGAUAAGAGCAAUAUCAUUUUUAUUUGAUAAUUGGUAGCCAAACAUCGAUCAUCAUGUCACCAGCAUUCAAAUAAAACCCUCAAUAUUUGUUGGAAAUUUGCAUCAAGCUCAUCAGCAUCCAGCAUCUGCCUAUGCUUUUCCACAUCGUAGUGGUAGGACAACGUAGCAUAUCAUCGCGUGACUCCAAGUUUACUUCGACAUAAUGGUUUAUUAUAGAAAUAUUUGCCAUAAAGGAGAGGGGUAGGCCCUGUCAAAGAGGUGGGGCUUUAGCAGGGACUGAGAGAUGGUGAUGGACUCAGAGUCACGGAUGGCUGGAGGGAGUUCCAGAGCCUAGGAGCAACCCUGGAGCAGGCUUUGUCGCUGAAGCUCUGGAGUUUUCACCUGGGAUGGCAAGGUGGCCUGCUGUGGUGUAACGGAUUGCGCGUGUGGUUUGGUAGGGGAGAAGAAGGUCUGAGAGGUAAGAGGGGGCUGAGUGGUGAAGGGCUUUGUAGGUCAGAAGAAGGGUCUUGUAAUUCAUUUGUUGGGAGACAGGGAGCCAGUGGAGUUCAUGGAGGACAUGGGUGAUGUGCUGCCAGGGCUUAGUGUGGGUGAGAAGUCGUGCUGUGUUUUGAACCAUUUGGAGUUUAUGGAAGGAGCUUGCGUUGAUGCCGGAGAGUAGUUGAGUUGCAGUAGUCAACACUGGAGGAGAUUUAAUGUAUGUAUUUAUGAGGGUUUCAGCGUCAGGACGGGAGAGGGAGGACCUGACUUUGGCCAAGCACUCAGAUAUCCCCAGUGACCUGGUGUCAGGCUGUCAUGUGCUUCUCAGUCCUUUGUUUUAUUGGUGGAAACUAGAUUUAAACUCAAGCUAGAUCAGGAUUUAACUGUAACCUCUAACCCCAAGUAAGUCACGCCAUCAUACCAUAUAGUGUGCUUAGCCAUGCUAACCUGCUACCACAUAGUCUGGUGUUAAUGCUAGGUCACAUGAUAUGAUAUGUGUCCCGUGUAGCUCAGUUGGUAGAGCAUCGCGUUUGCAAUGCCAGGGUUUUGGGUUCGUUUCCCACAGGGGACCAGUAUGAAAAAAUAAAUUAAAAAAAGUAUGAACUCAAUAACUGUAAGUCGCUCUGGAUAAGAGCGUCUGCUAAAUGACUAAAAUGUAAAUGUCAAUGAUAUCCCUUGCCUCUGGACAUCCCUUUGCCUGGUUAAUGAGUGUGCCUGCUGAAGUGGGAUACUAUUGUAGUGAUACAGUAUAUCUGCAUGGUAGCAUGGCUUUCUCUUUAACAUGGUCAUGGUACAGUGGAGUUGAUAUGCUAAGAGCCUGAAUUGAUUCACAGUAAACCUACACUGACCUACACUUCUAGAAUGCAAAAUACUUUGCGUGCUGUGAUUUAAAUAUUUUGCUGUCUCAUUGGUUAUUUAGCUAUGCAUUCUAGAAGGCAAGAUAAUUUGUAUUGAAGUCUUGUAAUUCUGCAAGGAAUAAGUCUUCACCCUGAGGAUGAUGUGCUUUAGGAAUGGUUCUGGUCAUCUUUAUUCAAGAUGUACAAUACUUAUUUUCAUAUUACAUUGUGAUCUAUAUAAUGUUAUGCUUUCUAUGUGUUUUCUCACUGUAUUCUCUCCUAUUCUUCAACAGGGGACAAAUCAUUACCUCCCAAAUUGGAACCCUCUGACUCCCUACCUCCUCUCCUGCACUUUGAGAGCAACUCAGAACCCCCUACCCUCAAACCCAUCCACCCCAACCCCACCCUGGACAGCAAGACCCACGGACAGGUCAAAUUUGACCAGGAGAAACCCAACAGUGCUUCCUCCACCACCCCCAAGACCCUUCUCAAUGGCCACUCCGACUCCCAGAACCCCCUGCUUCUCUCAGAGGGGAACGUGAGUGUGGUGGCCACCUCCACCCUGGCCCAACCCUCGGGGAUGACUGUCAACCGCCGCACUGCCGUGCUCUUCAGGAAGUCCAAGAACUCUAGCCCUGGGAAGAACCAGGGGUGCAGAGGAGGCGGCGAGGCCCAGACAGGGUGCCCUCAGCUGGGCACCAAGGCCUUCCUGUCGGUGAUGAUCCCCAGACUGGAGACCCUCCUCCACCCCAGGACCAGGAAGAGGAGCCACAGUCCCAGCGGGGGGGACAGCGAGGGGGGCGGAGACGGGGAAGACGAGUCCCCUGUCAAACGCAUUGACACAGGUAAAUAGGGUUCUUUUCACUUGUCAGAAAAUAAAGUACUUAUCUUAAUGGGACUCUUUAAUAGAGCAUGAAUAAGUAGAACAUGAUCUUCACAGACUUGUGAAUUAAGAGAUCAGGUUCCCCUUGUCCAUGUAAUCUUAUUAAUUAUAAUCUAAAUUGCUAAACUGAUCCUAGAUCAGCACCCCUACUCUGAGACGCUUUAAGAAAAAAGGUCAAAAUGUUGUAGGUCUAUGCUAUAGUUGGUUUAUGUAUAGUAUACUUACUGUACUGCUCUGUGUUUCUGGCCUCAGGCCUGUCUAAUGGUUUUGUGAUGGAGGAGGUAAUUGAUGAAGAGAAGGAGCUAGGUGCCAGCAGGCCUCUAGAAACCAGGAGACGGUGUGCCUCAGAGUCCAGCAUCUCAUCUAGUGGUAGUCUGCUGGGCAGCACCAGGUAGGUACAUGCAUAUACCUCACAGCAGACCUGGGUUCAAAUAUAAUUAGUUGUCUUUCAAUUACUUAAACUGAGCUUGAUUGAGCCCGCCUGGCACAAUGGAACCACUAGAGUAGUCCCAAUUGUGGAAACACAGGCAGGCUCAAUCAAACGCUCAAAGCAACAUAGGCUUGGCGUCUCUAGCUGCUGCACUUUUCACUGCUGAACAUGGUUGGUGGUACUUGGUAGUUCAACUAUGUAGUCUGGUAAUUUAUCUGUAGUGUGUCAUGUAGAAGGCAGUCUGACUCACAUACAGUGUGGAUGUCUUUUCCUGAUUUCAGCAGCACCCUCAGUCUUCCAACAUGUGGUAAGGGCAAACCGGCCCUGGUCCGAAGAAACACUGUGGAUGAUAAGAACGAGCUCAUUGCCUCUAUAGAAACCGGGAACUUUGCCAGAGCUGCUAGGAUUGCUGCC